AUGUAAUCAGAAAUAACAACGCCAACAAGAAAACCCCCAAACCUCUCCCUCCCCAUCGGCUCUCUCGUAGAAACGAAUUAACGAAAUCGAAGAGGAGGAAGAAAUCGAAGAGAACCAAACCCUAACCAACCCUCGGAUUCGAAUUCUUGGGUUUGAUAGUUUCUUCUCUCGGAUCUCUAAUGGCGGAUGUGAGGGGAGGGGAGUGGAGUCUGUGGAGAUGAGGUGCCAGCGCCAUCCCUACGAGAACGGCGUUGGCGUCUGUGCCCCCUGCCUCCACGAGCGCCUCCUCGCCCUCCUCGCCGACCAGCCCGACGACCCGCCGGACCACCGCCGGAAUCCGGAGCCCCCGCACCGGCCGCCGCCCCUCCAAUUCCCCCGGUCCGUCUCCCCCUACAUUUCCCACCGCCGAUCCGCCGACCCCGCUGCCCCUUCCCCUUGCCACCUCUCCCACCUCUUCCACAGCACUCCUCAGGUUGGCUCCGCCUCCGCCGCCGCCUGCGGCGGCGGGUGCCGUAGGAGGGGCUCCGGGAAGUCCUCGCUUCUAGCGUCCCUCUUUGGGUACUUCAGAUCCGAGAAGGCCGAUCCCGAUCAUGGGUUCUCGGAGGCGCCCUGGUCGAGUUCUUGGCUUUCGAUUUUCCUCCACGGCCACCGGAAGAAGAAGAACUCGAGGCAGUUGGCGGCGGAGGAGGAGGCCGCGAGGAGGUCGUGCCGGGAGAGGGACCGGGGAUUGUCGCCGGACACGGAUUGCUCCGCAUCGGGAGACGAGUGCGCCACGGAGUCGCCGGGCUGGUGGCGGAGACCGACUCCGUCGCCGAUGCGGCGGCCGGCGGCGGCGGCGGCUUACCACCACCGCGUGGGUGGGCUCGCGGGCUUCGCCGUCUGCCUGAGCCCACUAGUGAUGGCUAGUUCCAUCCACCGUAGGAGCCAGGCGGCGGCGGAGGUGGGGUCCUCCGACGAGCUCCGGAGCACGCCAAAUCAUCCCAACCGUCGUCACGUUUCCGGCGGGGCCACCUCGCUCGGGCCGAACCGGUCAAGGAAGCUGGCGGACUUCGGUAGGUUCCGAUGACGCUUUUGCCCCGGCCUUUCCUCCCUUUUUACCACGUUUACCCUUUAAAUUUUUGCAAAAAAGGCCAUAUUUUAUUUUUACUGGAUUUGAAUUGAAUGGUCUCCGUAUAAAAGGAACUUAAUGGUGUAUUAAAUGCAAUUUAUUAUAUUUUCAGUGGUCGGAUUGUCAGAAAUCAAUCAUGGUUGUAUAUUUAAAUUUUCUAUUUUUUGACGUUCUCCCUCGAUCUUAGUUCUCUAAAUAUUUCAGCAAAAUAUGUCAUUGAAUAUUUUUUAUAUUGAGUUUUCUUUUACAAUCAAUGAGCAUCGAUACGGAAAGUCGACAGUCCCAUUUAUCCAUUUUUACAUUUUCUUUGAUAUAA